GAGAAGCAGCGGGAGUGAUUUCCUCCCUGCGCCACAAAAUGUAACGGCUCACUGUACACACAAGACGAACUCAUGGCUACAGAGUGACUUCACAAGAGUUAAACACACCGUGGGCUAUUAUUGUGGCCCGGUAGUGCUUUACGGCGUGGAUAGAGAGAGAAUACUAGAGAGGAUGGCGGCAGAUGUUGAUAAAACUAACCCUGGAAAGCCAAAGAAUGAGCAAGAAGAUCGCGCCUAUCCAUCCCGCACACACGACCGCUCACGUUUCAAGCAGACGCUCUCCACCUUAUUGAUGAUCGCUGCUGUUCCGCUUAUUGGCUUCUGCGUUAAAUAUUACCAGGACAAUCAGCUGGUGAAACGACAUGAUGCAGCAUUGAAGGCACUGGGGGCAGAUGGACUCUUUUUCUUCUCAUCCCUGGAUGCAGAUCAUGACCUCUAUCUCAGUCCAGAGGAAUUCAAGCCUAUUGCAGAAAAACUCACUGGUGUGGCACCUCCCCCAGAGUUUGAGGAGGAGACACCACAUGAUCCAAAUGGAGAGACUCUGACGCUACAGGCCACAAUGCAGCCAUUACUACUGGAAAGCAUGACUAAGAGCAAAGAUGGCUUCCUAGGGGUUUCUCACAGCUCUCUUAGUGGGCUGCGGUCAUGGAAACAUCCAGCUGUUCCUUCAGCUACAUUUUAUGCCAGUCAGUUUAAGGUCUUCCAGCCACCCAGCAGUAAAUCUGCCCCGGGCGACACAUGGUGGAUUGUUCCCAGCGAGCUGAACAUCUUCACUGGCUACCUUUCUAACAACCGCUACCAUCCUCCCACACCACGGGGCAAAGAGGUACUGAUUCACUCGCUGCUGAGUAUGUUCCACCCACGGCCCUUUGUGAAAUCCCGCUUUGCCCCACAGGGAGCUGUGGCCUGUAUACGAGCCGUCAGUGACUUUUAUUAUGACAUUGUUUUCAGAAUCCAUGCUGAGUUCCAGCUAAAUGAUGUUCCAGAUUUUCCAUUCUGGUUCACACCCGGUCAGUUUUCUGGUCACAUAAUCCUCUCUAAAGAUGCUUCUCAUGUGCGAGACUUUCAACUCUACGUCCCAAAUGACAAAACUCUGAAUGUGGACAUGGAGUGGCUGUACGGGGCCAGUGAGAGCAGUAACAUGGAGGUGGACAUUGGAUACCUCCCCCAGAUGGAGCUCAGGGCAGCAGGGCCCUCCACUCCCUCAAUAAUCUAUGACGAGCUGGGUAACAUGAUUGACAGCCGUGGGGAGGGUGGAGAGCCCAUUCAGUUUGUGUUUGAGGAGAUUGUCUGGAGUGCAGAGGUGAGCAGAGAGGAAGCAGCGAGACAGCUGGAGGUCACUAUGUACCCAUUUAAAAAGGUGCCAUAUCUGCCUUUCAGUGAGGCCUUCAGUAGAGCUGAUACAGAGAAGAAGCUGGUCCACUCCAUCCUGCUCUGGGGAGCCCUGGAUGACCAGUCCUGCUGAGGUUCGGGGCGGACUCUUCGGGAGACAGUUCUCGAGAGUUCGCCCGUUCUGGCCUUGCUCAACCAGAGCUUCAUCAGCAGCUGGUCUCUAGUCAAAGAACUGGAGGAUCUACAGGCAGAUGAGAAGAAUCUGGGUUUGAGUGAAAAGGCUCAUUUACAUCUGGAAAAGUACACAUUUCCAGUGGAGAUGAUGGUGGCGCUGCCCAAUGGCACUGUGGUCCAUCACAUCAAUGCAAAUAAUUUCCUGGACCAGACAUCCAUGAAACCAGAAGACGACGUCCCAGCUCUCAGUUUCUCAACAGGGUUUGAAGAUCCCUCAACAUCCACGUAUAUCCGCUUUCUGCAGGAAGGACUUGAAAAGGCCAAACCUUUCCUGGAAUCAUAAAGGAUGAUUCUGGAAGGAAGUGUGUGAGGAAGAAAACAAGAAAAGCUCAGAACUGACACCAAAAUAUCAGCUUUGCUCUCCUCAGUCUGCUUAGAGAAAGGGUAUGCGAAGGAGCGAUCUAAGAGAGACAAUACACACAGAAACUGAAAACCUUUCCUCAUUUAGAAAGCAUCUGGUGAAUGCAUUUUCUUGUGCACGUCCGUUGGUUUGACACAUUCCAUAUGUCUAAAAGUGCACAAUGUAAAACCAUUUUAUCACAAUGACCACAAGUUCAAAGUGUUAUUUAUCACCCUAAUGAAGACUAGACCUUAUUCAAGCCAGUGCCAUCUUUGAUUUUUAAUUGGAAUGACAACGAAGCUGUGAGGGAUAGACCUACAAUCUCUUCAAUGACACAAACUAUAUAAAGCUCCUAGAUCACAUCUGAUUUUCCACAGCUCAUGUUGUCUGGAGUUCUUUGUAUACUGAUUGUUCAUGGAAAGAUAUUUCAUCAAUCUUUCAUCCGCGGAAUGAUCCAAAAACACUUUAAACUGCAGUACUGCCCAUUGAAGAGACUGUAAGUCUUACCCUCACAGCCUUGUCAUUCUCAUUAAAAAAUAAAAAAUGCCGCUAGCGUGAAUAAGGUCUUUGUAGUCAUGUGAUAUUUAUACAGCUGAAAAUUCUAUGCAAUAUAUUUAGUAGGAUGAUCGGUUGCUCAGAUUACUGAUAUAAAGCUUUUCAGCAUUAUAUCACUGAUUAUAGUUUUGACCACUUUUAUUCUUUUGUUUCAUUACAUACAACCUAUUUGUUGCUUCUGUGUGGUUCUGGAUGGUACUAUAGCAGACAGAACAGUUCUGGCUGUGGCUUCCUGGAUUAGGCAGUUUGUGAUUGUCUGGUCUAAAAACCCAGUGAGGGUGAGGCCAGGCUUGAUGUUGUUGUUUAAGUCUGGAGAAGCAACGCCUUUUGUUUCUGUCUCUGGACAGAAUACUGGCACCAUGCUAAAACACAAAGCAAAGCUUUGGAUUUUGGCUAAACCACACAGCUGCAGGAAAUAUGCCAUGGGCUCAAAUUUAUGAAUGCAAUCCACUUAUAAGGGGUGAGAUGUAUGAUGGUCUGCCAUCUAGAUGUUGUUUUGUUGUUGUAGAUUUCUUUGUGUCUUUUUUUUUAUAUGAA